AUGGUCGAGUCCUCGAUUGAUUCUGCUGGAGGAGAUGCUGAUUCACUAGCUGGAGGCAAGGAAACUGACUUCAAUGAAAAUGAUGGUGAUUCGCUAACUGGAGACAGGAAAGCUGAUUCUGCCAGAGGUGAUGGCGAUUCACUAGCUGAAGAAAACGGAUCGUCAAAAAGUAUCGGCAUUGAAGAGACCUCCGAUAAGCGUAACCUAAAUGAAGAGGAAGCCGGGGAGCUGUCCUCAUCCGAGCUCCCCACUUUGAACCACAUCAGCAUUCCCUCUAUUGUUGCACUUACCGGCUCGGGUAAAGUGAUUGCCAACCCCGACCUCACCUCCUCUGUGCAGUCUUCAGGAGAAUCUGGAGUAACGAUUUUCCUUUCAUCCAACUUCUCCACAAGCGAAUCUGACUCUAUACCACAAGUUAGACCAAUCUUCAUAAAUGUGCCUCAUCCUCAACCCCUUCCUCUGAACGUGACAAUCACUCGGCGAACUGUACGCAAGUACAGAAAAACCCACCGAGAACCCACUGAACCGCACAAAGUGAAGAGCCAAACAACAACGGUAGCGACGACUUCAACUAGAGCGCAUACGCAAGGCAUGUGGAAGGUGAAAAUGGUCCCGAAGACUUCUCCAAAGCCUAAAAUAGAGAAAAUUCCAGAAUGGUCGGACGAUGGAGAGCCAUCUAUCAAAACUACAACAGUAGAGCCAAAAACCAAGCCUGCAUUCGUACCCUCAGAAGCAGAAUCGUUCGAUCAGCCACUCGUGGAGAAAUCUCCACUUGUUCGUGAGGACUUCGCGCCGGUGGAAACGACCACUGAGUGGCAGUAUGUGACGGCACCAGGAGAGCGAACAGCUUCGCCGGAAGUACUGGCAGCCAUUGCAGCACAGAACGCUCUGCUUGUCUCUGAAAAUAAUUUCCCUGUAGAGAACGAACCCGAACCAAUAGAAGUGAGAAGGGCGCCGGCCAGAGUGGACACGCUUGCAAAACUGAAUGAUCCUGAGCUAGAACAGGAAAUCUCCCAGAAGCAAUCGGGUGAGUAG